UCUUAUUAUUUGAUCUACAGUUUGAAAUAUUUUCGUCGUAUAAAAUACAAAUUUGAUUCUUUAGUUAAGGAUAAAGUGGUCUCGAUGCGCUAGAAGCACUGUGCCGCUUCUCGUGCUAUCUUUGCUUGUUAGUUAGCUUAGCUCGCUAGUUAGCUUAGCUUGUUAGCUGCUAACAGAAGACACAGAAGUUAUCAACACAUCGCUAAAUAGAGAUCAAGUGGUUGUGAUUGUGUGAAAAUGUCUACAUUACAAAUGUUGAGAGCGUUGGUGGAUCAGCGACUAACUGCUGCCGUUGAAGAAAUAUUUGUAGUGUUAGAAAGAACGAUAGCAGAAUACGAGGCGGAACUUUCUAGAACAAAAGAGGAAAACUAUCAAAUACUGGACGCUGUUUUCAAGAAACAUCAAGUUGUGUUACACAGAACAGUCGUCCAGCAGGUGUCAGCAGAGAGUCAUGAAGAGAUUCCAUCCAAGCAGCAAGAGUGGAGCUCCAGUGUGGGACAGAAGGAGCUACAGGCCCCCUCCCACAUUAAAGAGGAGCAGCUUCAUGAUGAAGAUGAAGCUCAGUCCUUACAGCUUCAUCACAGUCAAAGUGAGGAGAACAGAGGGGCGGAGCUUGUAAGUCAACACAUCACAGAAGCUGAUGGAGAGCAUUGUGAAGAUAUAAAGUCAGAACCAGACAGCAUCUUUGCUCCACUGUCAGACAUGGACCACAUGAUGUCACACUCUUCUGAUCACAGUGACCACAUCCAAAAACCUUUGGAGAGUAAAAAUGACUCUAAAGGUGAUACGAGACAUCACACUAACAACAAACACUUUGACUGCUCUCAAUGUGGGAAAUCAUUUAGAUGGAAGAGUCUUUUUACAGUACACAUGAGAACACAUACUGGAGAGAAACCUUUUACUUGCUCUGUUUGUAAGAAGAGUUUCUCCUUAAAGCAACGCUUGACCAGACACAUGAGAACACACAUUGGAGAGAAUCCUUUUACUUGUUCUUUUUGUAAGAAGAGUUUCGCCACUAAGCAAAACAUGAUCACACACAUGAGAACACACACUGGAGAGAAACCUUUUCCUUGCUCGGUUUGUAAGAAAACUUUCUCCAGAAAGCAACACAUGACCACACACAUGAGAACACACACUGGAGAGAAACCUUUUCCAUGCUCAGUGUGUCCCAAAAGAUUCUCCAUAAAUGAGCAAAUGAAAAGACACAUGAGAACACACACUGGAGAGAAACCUUUUACUUGCUCUCUUUGUAACAAGGGGUUUUCCAGAAAGCUUAACAUGUCCACGCACAUGAGAACACAUACUGGAGAGAAACCUUUUACUUGCUCUGUUUGUAAGAAUAGCUUCUCCACAAAGCUUGUCAUGACCAGACACAUGAGAACACACACUGGAGAGAAACCGUUUAGUUGCACUGUGUGCGAUAAAACAUUCAUGAUUAAGAAUCAGGUCAGUAAACACAAGUGUGUAACAGUCAUGGAAGCUGCAGGGAUUUAAAAACACUUAAGCAGUGAUUGUGCUAAAUGUACUUUAAAACACAGCAUGUUUAAUAUGAAUGUAUAUUUGAUGUUGUAUGUAGUAGUGCUUCUCAUCUUCUACUGUUAUUCUAUGUUGUUCUGGAAUUACUUUUAAGUUGUGUGCAUUUAUUGAAUAUCAUGUAUGUAGCUACUAUUUUAUUUUAUUUUCUCAUUGUUAAAGAGAGAACUUCUUAUUAUUUACAGUUGUUUUUUGUUCACACAUUUUCUUCCAUUGCAUUUUUAUUGAUGUUAUUAUCCAAUUAAAAGAAUGAAUGAAUAAAAUUGUUAAC